UGUGCUCGUCAGUCAGUCUUGCGGACGCGCGAUUCACGUUUAGUGCGCAGUUUUGGUUGUGUGAACCGACCGAAAUCGUCGACGGUCGUAUGUUUAAUCGUGAUAUUUGACGGAAGAAGUUGAUCUCGUAUGCGGUCGACUGGUGUCUCGUGGUGUGACGCUUUCUGCUAAGGUCGUGGUGGCAAGUUUCGCUAUGUCGCAAGUACUUUGGUCGCAAGAGGCACAGUGACGACUCGCCCGUGAGACUGCCGACAUCCUCGACAGCCCUGUGAUGGAGUCUAUCAGAAAAUGGUUCUACAGGCCUAAGUUGCACCUUAGACUUGUUAAUUGGUCGAAUGAAAAACAAUCUCACUGAGUCAUUGGUAUUAAGAGGAUGUCAGUCGUUAUCAAGCACGACCUUCGUCAACAGCGUGCUUCCUUGAUUACUAGAGGGACGACACGAGUCUGCUGGCUCAGUUUUUCUACGCGGACGAAUCGUUGAACGCGGUCGCGUGCGAAUUGGACUCGUUCGACGGUCGCCAGGAGCCAGAGAGAUGCACCACGUUGGUGAAUCAGCUGCGACAUUGCCAGGACAAGGUGUUGACGAUAUGCAGCCAGAUAAUGGACGAGCUGAUACCCGAGAGCAGAGCGAACCGAGACUUCAGAGUGAAGUUUCCUGAUGACGUGAUGCAGGAGAAUCUGGCAGGACAGCUGUGGUUCGGUGCGGAAUGCCUCGCUGCUGGAUCUUCCAUUAUGAACAGGGAAGCUGAAAGUUCAGCGAUGAGACCACUUGCCAAGGCUUUGACAAAGUCGUUGGAUAUUGUCAGGAAUUUGCUCAGGGAACACGCGUUGAAAGGUCAUAUGAAUCUGAAGUAUCUCUUUCAGACGCAGAACCCGUUGGAUCCGUCUCUGGAGAAGCUUAUCGAGUCGUUGAAGAUCUUCGAUCGUCUGUUCGCCGAUUUCGAGCUGUGCUACGUGGGCGCCAUGGUACCGGUCAAGUCGACGAAGGAGUACGAGCAACAGGAGCUCGUGUGCGUUUUAUUUUCGGAGACGUUGCAGAGAGCACUAGAGCGUGGUUUGCUCAGCCAGGCCGAUGUGGACAAUUACGAGCCGGCCCUGAUGUUUACCAUUCCGCGUUUGGCGAUCGUUUCUGGCCUUUUGGCUCCGCCCGGAGGACCAUUGUGCCUCAAUUCUCCGGAUAACAUCAGCGAAAUGUUUAGACCUUUUAGGACGCUUCUGUUAAAAAUAAGAGAACUUCUCUGGACGUUGAACAACCGCGAACUGUACAUGUUGGAGAAGCUAUUGUGCUCGAACGAGGAACCAUCGGCUCCUCUAACGCAGUCGUCCAAGUCCGCGUGUCAGGACAUCCCAGACCUCGAGGAGUUCGUUCACAAUUUUUAUACCGGUUACCCGAACUGCAAAGACUUCAUCGUAGAUUUUUACACAGUGACGAGGAACACCGGGAACAACAUGGACGAGGUGGCGAACGAUGUUGUUCGAACGUUGGACGAGGAGAACGAACGUUUGACGGGGAGUAACAGCGAUCAGGAUAGCGAGAACAAGGGUGGUAGCAUAGCAAUCGGGCCUAAUCGGUUAAAUUUAUCCACGGACGUGUUCGAGGAGAUUGUGGUGUGUAAUGGUGGCGUGAGGACAUCCAGUGAACGGGACAGUGUUCGCGACGAAGUGCAGUAUCACGCGAGGAAAGGGUGUAGUAGUACCAGCAACGGUAGACAAUUGUCCUGCGACGAGGCAACGGCUAGUCCAGUUCCUCUGAUCGAUCAGAACAACGGGAGCGAGAUACUCGUAGCUGAGAGCAGUAUUUCUAGCGCGAACGAGAAUAGGCGCGGUGACCAACUGCACAAACAGCAAGAGGAAUUCAUCGCUUCCGAUAUAUCAGAGAUUCUCAGCGGUUCCGAGAACAUAGAGAUUCCUCAGACGCAGUACCUGCUGAACCAGGUGUCGCACGAAAAUAACGUGACAGUCGAGACCGUUCAUAUUCAGAACUCUCUGCCGGAUCUCGACUCGAAGAAGCUCAUCUCCGAGGCGAAUAAGACGUUAUCGAACCUUUUACUGGACGGCGAGUGUCAGAAUGAAAUCUCGGAGCAAACUGAUUCAGGUAUUUGCACGGUUAUUUCUUCAGAGAACACCAGCCUCUACGAUAAAAGUCCUGAAGAGAAGAAAACGUUCCCUAAUGAGAUACAACAGGACGAACAGGUAUUGGAUGACGACGAUACGCAAGAGAACACCAGCUACUCUUGCUCGAAUAUAAAUUCUCCUAAGCGAAAGAAUUCUACAAUGUCAGAGAAUUCUUGUGUUUGCAGUCUGAGAAACGUGAAGACGGUACCCUGUUUCGACCACUCGAUAGAGGUGCAGAAUCUGCACGCGGCCAAUACCGAAGCCGCGAAGAAUAUUCCAAGAAUAUCAGCCAAUUUCGAUGGGACGAACGAGGAGUUUGUAGGGGUUGCGUACGGCAACGGGCAGAUAUCCGUCUGCGAUUCGAAUCAGUCUAGCUUUCAGAUCAAUUACUCGGAGAACUGGGAGAAUCUGAACCUGAGCAUCGACGCGUCCACGUCUAGAAGGGAAUUCUGGAGUGAUUUGAAGUGCGAGAAUUGUCCCUCCACGUCGCAGAAUAUAGACAAGGUCGGGACGAAGAUCGAGCAGUAUGCACAGGAUAAGGUAAUCUGUAGGAAGGCGAGAGACGAGAGGCAGAAGCGACGACACCAACGCAAGCACGAGAGGAACAGCCAGAAGGUGGUACACCAGGUAAACAGAAUGCAGAACUUUCAGAAUGUAAAAACAUCGGCUAGUACAGAGAGUUCUAGAUCAAACUCGACGGAUCGCUGCUUGAAUCCAAGGCUGAUCAGCUACGGAGCAAGUUUGCACCCCAGUCAGAACACCAGACAGAUGCCGAAUUUUGGUAGUCACAGUCCUCGUGCUAGCCCUAGGCUGCAACACUUUGAAACCCGCUGCACAGCGAGCCAGAGGCACUGUAGCAUCGCGUCCAGAGCUCAGAGGAACCUCUCUCCCCAGAACAGGAAGCUUCUGGAUCAUAGAAGAUCCAGGUCCGAGCAAAUGAACAGAAUAAAGAGAAGAGACCUGGAGAAAAGGGACAAAUACGAGCGUGCGAAUCCUCGAGCGGAACAGACCAAGAGGAAAUUGGCCAGUAGAAGUCCUAGCGAACUGAUGAACGAUGGCUUGGGACCAAGAACGGAUAAAAGUGGUCUAGCGAACGAGCCGGUAUCUCCCACGGCGACGCAGAGCUUCACGUACGGGACGCAAAAAGACAAUAACUCGCAACGAGCCACGCGAGCCGGAAGACUGGUGAAUCCGUCUACGGUUCAAGGAACACAGUCCUUCGGUUCGGAACAGUCCUCUGUCCUCGAGAAGACUACCGAACUAGGCUCCAGUUCCAGUUGUUCGAGUUGCUGCGACUCGAGCUCAGAGACCAGCGAGUUCCAGAGCGAGUGCCAGGACGACGAGGAGAUCGCUCUGGCGAUGCAGGCCGCUGAGAUUGCGAACAGAAAUCAGAUCCGGGCGAAAUUUCGAUCAUCAGAGGAUCUCGUGCACCGAUUAUUUGUCUGCAUAGCUGGGGUAGCGGAUCAGUUGCAAACAAAUUUCGCGUCGGAUUUGCGAAAUAUUUUGAAAUGCGUCUUCCUCAUGAAUAGUAGUCAAACCGUGGAAGAUGGCGAAACGAAGGACGAAGGUUUAACAUCGGAAAAUCAGUUGGGUAACUUGUUGAACGAUACUAAUCACGACCGACAGGAUUCGUUGCAAGAGUACGAGGAUGAUUUGGAAGAGACCACUGCAGCUAAUGACCAAAAUACAACUUCUCCAGUGACCGAACGAGGCGAAGAGUGCGUAGAAAGAGCUCCAGCCUGGAUUCCCGACAACGAUGCACCCAGGUGCAUGGCCUGUCAGGCAGGCUUUACCGUCGUUCGACGUAGACACCAUUGCAGAAAUUGUGGCAAAGUGUUCUGCGGUCGUUGUAGCAGCAACAACGUUCCCCUGCCACGCUACGGGCACAUGAAACCCGUACGAGUGUGCAACAGGUGUUUUCUGUAUCAAGUGACACCGUUUACGGUAUCUCAAGUGACGCCAGCAAGCUGAACUUUACCUGAACAAGGUAUACAUAUAGAUUAGGGAAUCGUUCUGUUCCAUUCGUCUAUGAUGUUCUUAUCGAAAUUUAACCGCCAUUAAUAUGGUGUAUCGUUCGUUCGUUUUUUCCUCUGAUUAGGGAUCCGACGUUUCGAGCUUUCUCUCUUUAGAUACCUGGACGUUAAAGUAACACAAGGUGUUAAAGUAAUAGUUAUUUGCUUUCUUAACACCUUGUACAAAUUGUGGUUGGAAUUUGUGGUUGAAUAGAAAAAGGAUGAUGAAUUCCUUGUGUGAAUGUUAAUAAAAUUUUGUAAUACGAGCCUUCGUUUUUGAACGAAUGUUAGUCUUGGAAAUUCGUUGCGUACCUGUGUAGGUAGGUUCAGGUCUGUUGUAUGAUAAGGAUGAUUUAUUGUAUUUCGUGGUUUUUACUCGCUGAUAGGUUUAGGAAAAUAGUGAAAGAGUUUAGCAAAGUUCGUUUGUUUCGUUAAUCCUUUCGCUAUGGCAAUGUUCAGAAAUUUACUCGAGAUAAUAAAAUACAUUUUUAAGAUAACAUUUGUGAAAUUCUCUGUAUUAUUUUCCACCCUGAAGCAUUCGCAGUACCGUACAAUGGUUCAAAUCAAAUAUUUCUUUUAAUAUCCAUUCUAUCGUUUAUAAAAUCAUAAAUGAAAAUUGAGUGUACUCGACGAAUUUUCAGUAUGUUUUUUUUUUUUUUUUUUAGUUUAAACACAAGAACAUUGUGUUUAAAAAUUUCGCACAAGGAAUCACUAUGUUUCUGGUUAUUCUACAAAUUUUCCCUUAGCUUGUAUUAUACAUAUAAUUAUACCUAUUAAAAUGGUACGGGUACAUUUUUUCAUUUUCGUUAGAAUCACAAUUGAAAUAACUGGGAUACUUUUUCAUUAUCCUUAAAUUUUCAAAUAAUUUAAUUUCAUUUUUUGAAUAAUUACAAAAGAAUUUUGUUUUAUAAUCUUAUUAAAAAAUCAGUACCAGAUAUUUCACAGAAGCUAAACCAGAAAUGAGAAAAAUGGAAGUCGAAACAAUGUCGACAUUACCCAAGAUUGCUGUUUGCGUUAUUUGUAUAAUUACAUAAACUUAAAACUCGUGAAUUUAGGAGAUUAUAUAUAUAUAUCGCUAAUAUUUUUACACGUCGUGAUCGAACGUUUUUAACGGAGCUAAUAUCCAAAAGCAGUUGUACCAUAGCUUUCGUAGGUGAUAAGAUUUCAAAAAAAAAAGGAAAGAAGACGGACAAACGUUAUCAUUUAUUUUUCUCCUUUAGGACUCGAACCUUUAAUUAAAUUAGUUUAUUAAGAAGAAUUCUGUAAUAAUUAUAAUUUUUUUCAUUUAGUGUAUGCGAUUACGCACGAUUUUUUUUUUCUUCUUCUUCUUCUUCUUCUUUUUAAAUUACCUUCGUCUACGUUCCGUAUGUGUAUCUUUAUCUUUCGUUAUUAGGAAUGUUUCUUUAAUUUCAUUUGUAUAAAAAAUCCUUCGUGGACGAAAUUAUGUUUAGCCGCAACAAUUGAAAGACGAUUUCAAUGCACAAAACUAGUGCAAAUAUUGUUCCAUAAAAAUAUUUUUAUUUUCUCUCAUUUAAUUGACAGACACAUGCAUUAUCAUUUUUGUUACAUUUAUAUUGGAUCGUUUUAAGGAUAUUUGUGUUCAAUGUGUACAACGUCGAGAAAGAGAGAUAUUUAUAAUUUAGAGACGAGGAAAAAUUGUAGAAAUAAAUUUCUGUUGUAUAUCCAUCGUGUAAAAUAUUCAUGUUUUUAUAUCUAUAUAUACAUACAUACAUACGCAUUCUUCAUAAGUAAAUAGUUUAUUUAAGAGAAUAUAAGAAUGUUAUGAAAUUUCUGUUUAUCAUUGAUUUCUUCUCACGAAUUACUUUCAAUGUAACAUUCCUCUCGAAUUACUAAUAAUAACGUGAAUAUCAAUUUAAAUAUGUAUCUCAUUACAUGGAGAACCGAAUUGUCCAUCGCAUAAAUCUAGAAAAAAAUAGCUCGUUGCUUUCUUUAAUGAUGAAGAAUAUAUGAAAAAAUAUUCUGUUUAUACGUGAAACCCAAGAUUCUUAAUUAAGCUAGUUAAAAGUUUUAUAGAAUGCUAUUCUCAGAGAAGAUCUAUGGUGGACCGAGAAGUAAUCCUUGGAUCUAAAACUAGACAACGAUCACAGUCGGACAGUUUCUAAAUUUUUUUAUAUCAAACGCGUGGAUAGAAUACCCGUUUAUUAUUCUCUUUCAUUUACAUCUUCGCCAUAUAUUCCGAAGAACGUUUUUUGGUUUCGUUUUCUAGUUUUCUUGUUAGAGAGGCGAACAUGACCGGUGUAAAUAAGCGAGCGUAUGUAUAAUUUGAAAACGGCAUUCGCUAAUUGCUUCUGUGCCAAAUUGACGCGACAAUAAGUUUGCUCGUCGUUAACGUAGUCUGAAAUUUUGGAGAAAGUAAUUGAAAGAAAAGAUGGAAAUUGCUGAGUGAGUCGUCACAGUUUGUACGCAUUUCGAGUAAAAAGACUGCUUUUGAUCGUAGCUCAUUCUCGUAGCUGUAGCUGUAGAUGUACGAAGAAUUGAGCUUUUCUUUUAACAAGGAAAGAAUUUUAAAACGAGACUCAGGAUUCUAAUUAAUCAAUUGUAUUCCGUAUAUUUUCAUUGUCAAUGUAUGUACAAAAGUGUAAAUGUUUCAGUAAAACAUCUUUGUGGGAGAAUAGCUCAGCUUGUUCGACUGUAUUAGAGUUAAUUUAAGUAUUACAUACAGUGUAACACGAUGCAACGAAAACAACAAUUUCACUGGGUAGUCAUUGGAUUUGAUUGAGUUUACCCAUAUACAGAUAUACGAGAAGCAAUUACUGCCAAGAUUCGUUAGUCGGUUCUACUCUAUAGCGAUGAUUUCAUUAAUAAUUAAUGAUCGUUCAGGAGUAUUAAUGAUCGAAAAGAAAUUUAACUCAAACAGUAAAUAUUUUUAAAAAAGAUUAAUGAGAGAAUUGUGUUUGGGAAUUUUCACUUUGAAAUUAUCACACGGUACAAUGAAUAGAAGUAAACUAGAUUAUUUAAGAAAAUAAAAUUUCAACUACACCGACAAGUAAGAAUUGACAAGUUAGCAAAGAGCUUGAAAAGAGGCUACGCUAAUUCGAGUACAAAACUAAACUAAAGUGAUUAGAUAGAGAAUUAUUCGAACAACGACUGUAUACCAUUACACUUUCCACGAAUUCAGUGAUUACCCUUGCUCGAGUUCAAUUAAAAGUAUGAAAAUUAUAUAAUAGCUUCUAAAAUUACACUUUCCAUGUUCAUUAUCAUAAAAAAAUUUCAAUUUCGUUCAAUAUUGAACGAUAUUGAUUCUUUAACACGUUAGCUGCCAUGUGGUCAUCGCGGUAAUUCCUAUCAUCAAUAAUAUGUAUAAUUGAAAGCAAAGAAAGUAGCAAAUGGAAAAUUUGAAACAGCUGUAUUUUGGAUAAUCGUAACAUAUUAUAUAUUAAAUAUGGUGAUUUUCAUUGUGAAAGAUAUUAAGGUCUAAUGCUUCCAUUUGCUUACUUGGAAUUAUUCUAACGAAUUCUCUAAUUAUAUGAAUAUAUUAAAUUUGUAAGUGGUGCAAUGGACGUGUUAACACGUUGCCAAUCCGAAUUUAAUUUGGCCGAAUAAUUAAGAAAUGACAAAUUGAUAGAAUUGAGAAAUUAAAUAGAGAAGGUGGUAGAAUCUUGAGACAAGGUAUUGAAUAUUACCUUUAAUUAGUAUAAUUAAAAUAGUAUUGAAAAUACAACUUUCCUCGUUUCUUAAUUAUUUCACCGAAUUAAAUUUGUAACAUCGAUGAUGUACGGUGUAAUCAAUGUAUUAAUCCUGUCAAAGGAUAAAAACAAAGUGUUAACAUAAAAUUUUGUAGCCACAACUAUGACUAAUAUGAAUAUCCAAAGAUCAUUCAUUAUAAAAGAAGGCACAAGUUGUUGUACUGAUAAAAAUUAAUGAAUUAUACCUCUCAACGUCUCUAGCUUAUGAUUAACUAAAGUUAAUGAAAACUUGUACCAUAUACUGGAUUUGUUGCGCGGUAAGAGUGAUGUUGAAUUGUAAAUCUAUCGAUUUAAAGGAAUCUGUUUAAGAGAUACGUGGACGAUAAGGAAUUCUUUGAGAAGAAAGAAUUAUUUUUUACGCGUAUUUUCGUGAUUUUGCGUGAAAAAGCUUUCGAUUCUUCGCACUCGUGCCUAGAAAUAUUAGUAAGUUUCAAAGAGGGAGAGAAGGAUUUGACAGUAGUCUAAAUUAGAGCCGUUAGCAAGUCGAGUUAAAUAGACUGUAGAAGAUUAAUUGUUUAUUCUAUUCAUUAAUAAGGUAUCAAUGGAAGAUGUAUACAUAUUCGAAAGAUCGUGCGAAGGGUCGAUACAGAGCCUUUUUCUCCCUUUUACCGCGGGUAUUGUAACGUUCUGCGAAUAAGGAUGCUUCCCUGUGCCUAAAUGUCACAGGCUAAGCCAGCCUAUACAGAAAGAAAGAUCGUAACGGCGAAAAAGAAGGAGAACGAGAGAAAGAAGGGUAUCUAAUUGUAAGAAUUAUUUUUAUAUUAUUUAAAAUCCUAGGUGUAUAUGUGUCCGUAUAAGUGUCUCGUGUUCGACUUGAAUUUCAGGAUGAUGUAUGCUUUGACAUUUUAAGAAAUGUAUAAAAUUUAAUUUAAAAAGAAAAGAAUUCAAGUUGAUCAUGAUUGCACCAGGAAGUUUGCGAUUAGCGUGCAUGCGAGUAAAAGAAUGGUUGAAGAAUGGAAGUGUCAUGGUUUCGGUAAUGAAAAAAUUAAGAUACGAAUGUAAAUAAAGAUUUGUUAUUCAAGGUGUUUACGAGAUGUUGUUGUUUAAUGCCGAUGCAUAGGCCUCUUUAUUCCGUAAUGCGAACGACUGCAGAUAUUGUAAGAUAGAGCUUAAGAGACAAGCUUAGCGGGAAAAAUUAAUAUAUUAUAUAUACACGCAUACAUAACGAAUAAGUGUUACGAUGUAAAACGUUAAUAUAAAACAGGGUGGACCAGUAAUCACUAGCAUCUCAAUUAUUUUCGGAACUGUAAGAGACAGAUGAAGAAUUGUGAAAUAAAAGUUAACUCUGUGCAGAUGAAUCUUA